AUGCCCAAGGAGCGGCCGCUGUGGCGGGGCGCGGCCUUUCGCCUCUGCGUGCUUUCGGCCGCGCUGCUGCUCUGCCUGCAGCUGGGCAUGCGGCGCUCCUGGUGCUCGGAGGAGAAGCCCCGGCUACCCGCCGUGGCGGCGUCGGGGCGAGGGGUGCCCCCGCCCCGCGGCACAGCGGUGGCCCCGGGGCGGCGGCGGGUGACCUACGUGCGAAGCGGGCGGCGGGGCGGCCGGCCCGGCUGCUGCCCCCCGGGCAGGAAGACUGUAAGGUGGCACAUCGAACUUCAGCCAUGGGCAAGUCCAACUCCUUCCUUGAACUACGAAGCCUUGAGGUUCCUGAAGUACAUUAGCACUUCUCAGAUUUCAUGUGAGCACAUGAACCUGAGCAGCCUGAGGGGGAACUCUGAGGUCAUGAAGAGGCCCUGGUCAGUCUGUCUUGAUGAGAGGUUUAGCCUCAUCCACCGGCUCAGAAACAAGCAGUGCCGUCUCUAUUCCCUGGGACUGGGCAAUGAUGACAACCAGUUUGAGAUCAGCAUGGCUAACAGUGGAUGUGAGGUGCAUCGCUUCGACCCCAGCAUCAAGUCAGCGCACAUCCAGGAGGGUCAGCACCUCUGGUAUCAUCGCCUGUCUGUAGACUGGAGGGAUCCCAACCCAGCCAUUGCUGCUCAUAAACUUCACAGCAAUACGAAGAAGCUGGGCACAAUAUUGAAUGAAUUCGGACAUCAGAAGAUUGAUGUCCUCAAGGCAGAUGUGGAGAGCGCGGAGUGGAAAAUUUUGGAAAACCUGAUCCUUGAGGAUGUUGUUGAGCAGAUAGGGCAGCUGGUCUUCGAGGUGCACACCCACUGGCCUGGUUUUGAGGUCAGUGGCAACGAUAGCACUGUGGUGCGGUACUGGUACAGUCUGCUCCGGGAACUGGAGCUGAAGGACUUCAGGCUUUUCCAUACCUACAAAGACUUAUCAAAACCACAGAUGUUUCUGAAAAAGGAAGCCUUCAAUGCCAGUAGCUGUUACAUGCUGAGCUGGGUGAAUACAAGAUGGAAAUAGCAGAAAGGAAUCUAUGAUGCGUGACUGUGAGCCAUCUGUCCCGUAGCAUUAUUGAAGAGGACCUCAGAGUCACUGGCUGAAGUUGCCAAAUAAGUAUACAGUGCUUGCUGAUGGAAUGGACUGGCUUUUGUUUUUAAACACUGUCAAAAGAGAUGAAAGUGGAACCUGGUCUUUUUGGCUUGUUUUUAGUUCAGGUGAAGUUCCACAGUGCCUUUUCUAGCACUGCACCUGGCUGCCUGCGAGCUCCUUGCCACAGAGCUCCCCGGCCCUGCCUCUCCCUGCCAGGGGUGCACGGAUGCUCACAGAGGCGGUGGCUCUGGCCUUGGGGACACAGGGACAUGCCCUGCUCUGCAUGUGGGCUCUGAGCACUGGCAUGCGAGUUGGGUGCAGGGUGCUCCCAGCAACCCAGCUCGGCCAUUCCCUGAGAAGCUAAGCAAUGAGAGGGAGCUAAAAAGUAUACAGCAGGUGCUUUGUUGGUUUUUUUGUGAAUAAUUUUGACAUUAAACUUUGCAUUGAAAUACAAGA